AUGUUUGGGACGCACGGCAUGCAUCAGUUACAUCCGCGUCCGCAGCCAUCGGUGAUACCGCCGCGGCGGUUUUCCUCGGCGCACCAGCCGUCUGGAGAGAAGCCGGACUUUCGUGAGGGGUCCGUGCUGAAGGAGUUUGACAGACAGGGCUGCGUUGUAGGUCGCUUCCGCUGCGGCCGGAUGCUUGGCCGUGGUGGGUUUGCGAAGUGCUACGAGGUGGAGCGGGAUGGCCAGUCGUACGCGCUUAAAGUGAUUGACCGCGCCAUCCUGCAGAAGACCAAGACGCUACAGAAGCUGCACUCGGAGAUUUCGAUCCACCGCCGCAUGAAACACAAGAACAUCGUCAACUUCAUUCGCACUUUUCAAGACGACUGGAAUGUCUACAUCUUGUUGGAGAAGUGCAGCAACCAGACACUCAUGGAGAUCUCAAAGCACCGGGCACGCUUUACUGUACCUGAGACGCAGCACAUCAUGUUGCAGGCACUUGCCGCAAUUCACUACAUGCAUGAUCAGGCCGUCAUCCACCGCGACCUCAAAUUGGGGAAUAUGAUGAUGGACGCCGACAUGAACGUGAAAAUCGGUGACUUUGGUCUCGCGGCAGAGCUCAAGUACGAUGGGGAGCGGAAACGGACGAUUUGUGGCACGCCCAACUACAUUGCCCCUGAGAUCAUUGAUAAUGCGCACGAAGGGCACAGCUACGAGGUGGACAUCUGGUCCUUGGGCGUCAUCCUUUACACUCUGUUGGUGGGGGAGCCGCCCUUUCAGACCUCCGACGUGAAGGCGACGUAUCGCCGCAUCAAGCAGUGCCGGUACGAGUUCCCACCUCGGCUCGAAAUACCAGAAAGCGGGAAGGAGCUUAUCCAUUGCAUUUUGCAGAGCCGCCCUGAUCACCGCCCGACGAUUGUGGAGAUACGCAACCAUAGCUUUUUCCGCUCCCCAACUCCCCCCACCAGCGCGCCACUCUCGCUGUUUCACUCUCAACGCCGUCGCACGGAGGCCGAAGAAGGGCAGCCGCAGCUGCCACGGAAGAAGGGGUCUGACGCCGCUGCUGGAGCACUACCGGAGCGAGAGAUGCUGCGGCCGCUCAGCUUGAACACUUUGGCUGCAGCACGGCAGCCGGUCCGGCCUGAGACCGUCCCACAGGGCCAAUUUUGCGGUGCCGCACCCGUGAACGCCUACAACCCAAAAAGGAUGCUGGACUCGGGCGAGACGGCCUGCGUUGAUGCCGCGCGUCCCGCGGCGCAAGGAGUAUCAAAGGGGGAGCGGCGUGCGACGGUGCCCCGGACGGCGCAUUAUGUGCUGGACGAUGAGGAGCGGAAUCACCUCACCGCUGUGCACGACCACCUCCACAGGACCCUUCUUGGGGCGGCCGACGUUCACUGUGAGGAGAAGCCGCACAUGCCCGCACCGCAGGCUGCACCCGCAAAUGUGCCGAAGUCCACCCCCGCAGUGACGAGAGGUGGAGGUGGCGUAGUGGUAGCGGAGGAGGAUGAGAGGAUGCAGGAUGCGUUUCCACUUCCAUCUGUGUGGGUGACGGACUACGCCGAUUUUUCUGCAAAGUAUGGGCUCUGCUACCGUCUAAACACAAGCCACACCGGGGUCCAUUACAACGACUCUACGAAAAUGGUGUGGGAGGCCAUCACAGACCGUGUGGAGUAUUACGCGCGGAUCAAGGAAGUAGUGACGCGGAGCAACACCACCGUCGUGCACGCACGCGACCAACGGCAGGCGUUUCACAUGGAAAACUUCCCUGAGAGCCUCAACAAGAAGGUAACGCUGAUCAAGUACUUCAAGUCAUAUCUGUCACGCGGACGCAGCGGGCGCGAAGGGGUAGAGGUGGUGCGCUGUUCGCCGUACGUGGAUCAGGAACCCAUGCUGCUUAGCGAGCCAAACAUGAUUGAGAACAUUGUUUAUGUCAAGCGCUGGCUGCUCACACCACAUGCAAUGAUCUUUCGUUUCUCCAACAAGACGAUUCAGGUCUGCUUCCAUGACAAGGCGGAGGUCAUUCUCAGCUCGGAGUCUCGGGUUGUGACGUACACUGACGCCUUGGGCCACCGCGUCACAGUGCCGCUUUUGUCAGCGGCCUCUCACUCGAAUGAAAUUGCGGCGCGGCUGCGUUACACCAAGGAAAUUCUUUGCGAACUCAUUCAAAACCGCGAACUGUAG